CCAGCAGUCUGUGGAACCGGAUUGCCCGGUGGAUAGUGUCGAUUCAGACGUCCCCCUCCGCGUAGUGGCACUCUUCGUUAUACUGGCUGUAUCGAGCUUUGCUGCAAUGUUCCCGACGUUUGCUAAGCGUGUCAGCUACCUUCACAUACCAUCCCUGGCAUUCUUCAUGGCGAAGCACUUUGGAACAGGGGUCAUUAUCGCCACAGUCUUCAUACACCUGCUGAACAAGGCUUAUUCAGCCCUCAGCGACCUCUGCUUGAAUGUGAAGAUCGAUAGCCAUUGGCCCGGUGUGAUUGUCAUGAUAUCAUGCCUUGCGAUAUUCUUGGUCGAAUAUUGUGCGACUUCUUACGUCGAGCACUUGGCGUCGAAGCCGUCUGUUAUCGACAAGUUCUUACAAACACCGGUAGGUGACUAUCGCGAUGAUCCGGUAGCGGAUGGAGAAGCUCCAGAGGGGCCAGAAGACCUGGAUGCCGUCCGCGACGGCGAACCACACAUCGCGAAUUCUGAUGAUCCUGAGCGUGACACACACUAUUGGGACGGCUAUCUCCAUGAGCACCAUGCGCAUGGACGUAAAGCCCUUACUCAUCGUGAAAGCGCUGUGCAAAUUCUUGGAGUUGUAGUCCUGCAAGCAGGAAUCAUGUUGCAUUCGAUCAUCAUUGGCUUGACCCUGGUGGUUACGUCGGGGCCAAAUUUCAUCUCGCUACUGCUCGCGAUUAUCUUUCACCAACUCUUUGAGGGUCUUACACUUGGUGUGCGGCUGGCCGCCCUUCCCCUCAGCCGGAAAUCUAUCAUCCCUUACGUGCUCGCCCUUGCUUUCGCCAUAACAACACCGAUCGGUAUCGGGGCCGGUUUGCUCGGUCGUUCAUUCAACCCUCGCGGUCUAACAGCACUCCUGAUGAGCGGGAUAAUGUCGGCGAUCAGCGCCGGCGUGCUCAUGUAUUCGGGCUGCGUCGAGCUGCUCGCGGGCGACUUUCUGGAGAGUCACGGUGUGAGGGACAGCUCGUGGAAACGACAAGUGCUCGCGCUAGUAUCGUUAUUUGCAGGCGCGGCGGCAAUGACCGUCAGCGGGUGAUUGGGACUGAGCUUUCAUUUUACUGGGUUCUGUGGUAUUUGGAAGGAACGGUGGAUUGAUCAACUAGGAUGGAAGGGAUCUCUAUGUUGUGGAUGAUUCAAGAAGUACCGAAGUGGGGCGGACAAGGCUCGGAGGGGGAUGAGCUAAUACAAAUCGAGAAGCAACGGAUGGAUGGAACGGUACCGAUGUACUAAUGUACGAUGGAUGUACGAUCCUACCAUCAUAGCCCUUAUGCAGGAAAACCAGGGACGUAUUUAGUCCUUAUGCAUUCCACUACUGAUCUCGGGAGAUCACCCGCUCUUCUGAGCCGCGCUGCUGCACCAUGUGCUCAUGCGUGGGGUGAUGCCCUCAGCCCCU